CCGAGCGACCACGUUAAGACAUUGAUGGUGCAGGGCGGGAUAAGGGGUAGCGUACCGUGUGUGUAGACUUGUGCACACGCUGUGGACCACUAAUGUUUAUAAUGUGAGGAGCUGUAUGUUUCCUCCCUACAGCAUAACGGAGCAAAGUGAGAUUUUGAGGAAUAUUACAGAGACAUGGCGUCACCUCCCUCCGCGCGGGGGACCUCUCGCCUCCUGCGUGCUCUCCUCCUGCUGUUUUUGCUUCAGGUGAACACGUCCUUGGCCAUGGUAACAAGCUUCAAGGUGCUGAGCAAGAUCGAGCACCGCUACGCCAUCACGCAGGUCACCACCAAAAUGCUGAACUUGAGGAGCGAAAUGUCGGAGAUGAAGUUCAGGAUGACGCUGCCGAAGAAAGCCUUCAUCUCCUCGUUUACGAUCGAGGUGGACGGCGUGAACCACACCAGCACGAUCGGGGAACCUCUUCCCGAACCCAGUUUUAACCAGCGUCUUGAGAGGUCCAUUUUCCUCGUCCAAGAGGAGAACGACGAGCAGAAGUUCGAGGUCAGCACUAGCGUGAAGAGCCAAGGGAAGGUCACGUUUUACCUCACGUACGAAGAGCUCCUGCGGCGAGUCAAUGGGCGGUACCACUAUGCUGUGCAAGUUCGUCCCGGCCACCGGAUUCCCGAGGCCGAGGUGUUGGUUCACAUCCACGAGCGGGAGGCCAUCGGGAACUACAGGAUCUUGGAACUUCCGGGGCAGGAGGUGUCUAUGGGGUAUCCUGGAGCUACAGUGUUCGAAGAGCGACGACGCGCCGGUGAAGUGUGGUUCAAGUAUGUCCAUAUAGACCCGCCCGACGGAUCCGGACGAGGCGUUGACGGCGUCUUCGUCUUUGCGUAUGCGAUUCGGACGCGGCAAGAUGGCGGAGAAAUCCAGCGAGAAAACGACCACUUCGUCCAUAGUUUCUGCCCCGAGGAGAUGGUGAGGAUGCCCACGCACUCGGUGUUCGUCCUCGACGUGUCACUCUCGAUGAAGGGGCAGCAGUUCGAGCACAUGAAGGAGGCCGUAGACGCUAUGCUCGGGGAACUGCGCUCGGAGGACACGUUCGAGCUGCUGGUGUUCUCCGCGGACGUGAAGAGCCUGGGCCUGUUCAACGGCACUCGCUCGCACAAGAAGAAGGUCAAGAGGAUGAUGAAGAGGCUCGAACCGAUGGGCAACUCGUAUCUGAAUCCUGCGUACCACGAGGCGCUCCGGAAGGCCACUGCUUACGAUAGGAAGAAUGUGGCUAGGAAGGUGGUGAUGGUGAGCGACGGCUGGGGCACCCUCGGCCAAACGGACCCCGAGGUGAUCCGCGCCACGUUGCGAGCUGCCAACACGUUCAACAUACCCAUCUUUGGAAUGGUUUUCGGGCCCGAUGCUGACCUCAGACUGAUCGAGCAGGUGAGCGCGGACAGCGGCGCGUGGGCCCUGAGAGUGCAUCCUCACUCCGAAGUGAAGGAUCAAGUCCGCCGGUUCUUCCAGGAGAUCUCGUCGCCUCUGUUGGUAGACGUGGCGAUGUCGUACCCGCAAGAACAGCUCUAUGAGGAGUUAUUGGUUCGGCGGGAAAAUUCGAACUACUUUUACUCAGGCAGCGAGAUGGUCACCGCCGGCGUCUUGGCCCCGAAUACUCCCGACUUCCAUCCCUUAGUGACGGGACGAGGUCGUUUCGGGCUGGUACGACUCGAGGUGACCCGGAUCGACUCCAGGUAUCAAAAUAUCCCGAUGGGUGGCGUUGGUAUCGUCUCCAGAAUUUGGGCUUACCUCAAAGUGCAGGACCUCUUGGCGAAAAUGGCCGCUUCGGAGGACCCAUCUGUCAUCGUGAGACUGCACUAUACCCUACAGGACUUGGCCACCAGGAACCAUUUCGUGACUGAGUACACGCCCUUGAUGGUGAUGCUUCCCAACCUCGGCUACGAACUGGUCUACCCGCAGAAGGCCCACAAGAGACACAAGAACGAUUACUCGUACGCACAGGGACCGAUUAACAAGACCUUUGUCGUCGGCGAUCCCAACUUCAUCGUCCACACUCGAGGAAUCCGCCUGCCCUUCUGCUUCGAUUACCACGGUUACAACGGGGCUUACUUGAGCCUGAUCCAGGACCCUUAUACAAAUAUCAUCGUAAACGGGGAGGUCACAUCGGCGUCACACAACCCGGACCGCACGUACUUCUCAGCGCUGUUCUUCGCUCUCGGCCAGAUCAACGUGACGGUGACGCGAGAUCGGAUCCACAUCGACUGCCUGGGAGAAAAUCGUGUGCCUCAGGUUAACUUCAUGAAGAAAAGCCUGUAUCCCUUCUACGACAAGAAGGGCAGACCUUACGAACGAAAGACUAGGAAAAGCGACAAGAAGAGGAGGAAGAAGCACAAGAAGAAGCCCGAAUUAAGAAGGGGAAUCAACCUGUCUAAACAAUGCAACCACGAGACUUCUUGGGACAAAGGAAUGGCCCGACUAUAUGGCACAGCGAUGAUCCUGAAGAAGCAAGACAGCAAACACCUUGACGUGAUUCUGGGCGACGGAGAGGCUCACUUCGCUGUCACCCGCUCGACGAACCCCGACGGCCAGGCUUACCUCGGGUUCUACGUGGAAGGCCAGAAGAUUCUGUCGCCGCAAGCCCAUGGGAUCAUUGGUCAGUUCAACAACAAGACCAUUGAGAUUUUACCCACUGAGGCGGCACGUUGUGGUGAUGUAAGCAGUAGCGCUUUCAUUCGAGUGCAGAGACGCAACCCACAAGGAGGAUUCGAAACCUCCCACGUGUGCGGCGAGCGAGGCAGUCGACACUCGGUCCUCAGCGGAAGGGACGUCGAGUGCAUUAACGUCUCAGACAUGGGCUCAGGCCUCUUGGAUCGACGCAGAUACGACCUUCAGUGUCUUGGCUGCACGCCCAGUCUGACUUAGGACUUGUGGAUUAGCAGAUCUUGUUACGUCUCCGCGUGUGUGUGUGUUACGUCCCAGGGCUGCCAGAUGCGCGGAAGAAUACAUACGUCAGAGGAAUAUAUUGAGCUUUAAAAGAAACAACUUAAUGUGAAUAGAAUACUAGACCUAUGUAGAAGAAUGAUUUCGGACCAUAUUUUGUGUAAGAAAUAUAGUUUUCAUAAACACUUGUUUCUCAACACCAAUUGUUCUUUUCUUCUUUGUUUCAAGUAUUCUUCUUUGCCACUCCUUCCAUUUUCCUCCUUCUCGAAUUUUCAUUCUUCUUUUCUUUUUUAACGACUUUGUUUUGGUAAACAGGACAACCAAAAUGUAUAUUAUCAAUUAUGAAAUGAGAUAGUGUGUGUGUGUGUGUGUGUGUGUGUGUGUGUGUGUGUGUGUGUGUGUGUGUGUGUGUGUUUUGUGUGAGCAUCGGAGAGUAUUUUGUAAAGAUGAAAGUUUUUGAGCUUUUCAUGACAAUCUUAGGUUUAUAAGUCUUCACUCGUCACUUAAUCGUUUUCAGCGACCGACAUCGAUCUUAAUUUUGUAAUUUAAUGUAUAAUAGGAUAUAAUAUAAUUAGUAAUUAGUAGAGAGUGAAUGUUACUGUAUCAGUAGAAUGCAUAUAAUACACUAUGUCUCCAAAGUCAAUUUGUCCUUGACUUCAGUUUGUAUUAUUAAUUGUGUAACGACGGGAAAAAAAUUGUCACUAAUCUCAAAAGAAAUACCGGAUCGAUUAACCCCAAGUUCUCGCCCGCUAAAAAUGAGGCCAAAUCACGCCAUAUUGUUAUAUAUCGAGCGCCAAAGCAGCGUUAAGUUCUUUCCUUUUUUCGUCUUCAUUUUCUUCUCUGAUACACUUGAAAUCCGUUUACUGUUGUUUCUCACUUUUCGAUCAAAUAUUUAAGACUACUUUCACUGUAUUUUGAUAAAUAAUUAUCAUCAUAGAAUUGUUCGCAAUGUAUCUAAAUCGUCUGUGUAUUAAGCUGCCUCAGCCAAUUCCUUCUCAAUAGAGGAAAUGUUAUUUUAAGAUAUAAGAUAUAUUUUAAAGCGUCUAUAAAUUGCAGGAAGCGACGGUGCACAUGAGUAAAGCAGAAAUAUAUAUACGUAUUUUAUUUAGCGUGGAAUAAGGAUGGAACAAGUAAUCCAUGAUUGUUGUUCCAUUUCCAUCAUAGUUACCCCUAUGCGAUGAUGGAUCCUAAACUUAAGAUGUCUGUAACUUAUUCAUUAACCAUAACUGUGUGUGUACUUCAGUUGUUUUCAAAUCUAUCACGUGUAUUACAAUGCUGUAUAAAUUAUUACAUCAGCAUAUACAGGUACUCUGUUUUUUCGGCUUCAUUUUUAGAACUGGGAACCCGAUCCAGUCGUUGUUUUGACAUUAGUGGAUUCAGUUUAAGGUGUAAAAUUUAUCCUAAAUAUUAACUCGUGUACAGUAUACAUUUCUUCGGUUUCAUAACAAUAAACCAUUAAGAAAGAG